UUUUUUUUUUUUUUUUUAUUGAUAUUUCGAAUUAAAUAUGAGCGAACCUAUAGUCAAUGCCGCCGCUACGACGGAAACGGGCGAUAUAAUAAUAUCUACCCCAACUAUGGAACCUCAAGUCGAAGUCUUAGUCGAACCUGUGGUUGAAUCCGUGGUUGAAUCUGAACCCGAACAUAAAGUCGAAAGGCCCAAAACAACUAUAGUGAGGCCUUCGGUACAAUCGCGCAGCUCCAUGAACGGCCCCUUAUACAUGCAAACGAGUAACAAUAAGGUCUUAAUUCGGAGAGUGAAGCGGAAAGGGGAUGGACCUAUGAGAAGCUUAGCGCGCUGGUUUCUCGACAAUCAAACAGGCCUCUCGUUUAACCUCAUUACUCUUGUAUUCCUCGCCCACCUAUUCAUACCGAAAGCUCGCCCUCACACCUCUAAAUUCUUCACCUUAUCGUAUUACAAUCCGGCAUCGGGCAAAUAUGCUAUCGGAUUCAAUGACUACAACUUCAUCGCGUUCUGCAUAAUCCUCUUCACGGGACUUCGCGCUGGUUUGAUGGAACAUGUAUUGGCUCCCUUAGCCAGACAAUGGGGAAUUUCCAAGAGGAAAGAGAUAACUAGGUUCUCAGAACAAGCUUGGAUGUUGAUCUACUACUGCAUUUUCUGGUCCCUUGGUUUGUACUUGUACGCCAAUUCGCCAUACUAUUUGAACAUGAGAGAGCUAUGGACCAAUUGGCCAAACAGAGAACUCGAUGGGCUCAUGAAGGCUUAUCUAUUAGCACAGUGGGCCUUCUGGCUUCAGCAAGUUCUCGUCAUUCAUAUCGAGGAACGUCGCAAGGACCAUUGGCAGAUGCUUACUCACCAUUUCAUCACCAUCACAUUGAUUUCCGGAUCUUACUUUUACCACCAAACUCGCGUUGGCAACUUAAUCCUCGUUCUGAUGGAUGUGGUCGAUUUAUUCCUUCCGCUUGCAAAAUGCUUAAAAUAUCUGGGCUAUUCGAAAUUAUGCGACGCGACAUUCGUCGUAUUCAUGGUCUCGUGGUUUGUGGCUCGACACGUAUUUUACCUGAAGACAUGCUACAGCAUUUAUAAGGACGUGCCGGAAAUAAUCCCCCCGGCUUGCUUCCAAGGUCCCGAUUCCAAUUUGACAGGGCCAUUCCCCGUCCCUGACGGAUGGAAUCAUUUCAUCGAACCAUUCAGAGAUUUCCAGGGCACAGUAUGCUUCUCUGACUCUAUAAGAUGGGCAUUCCUAUACUGCUUGCUUGGUCUUCAAGUCAUUACAAUAUUCUGGUUCUUCAUGAUCAUUCGGGUUGCUAUCCGCGUUAUUAAGGGGGAUGGCGCUGAUGACACCAGGAGUGAUGAUGAAGGAGAGGAGGAGGAAGAGUCCGAAUAUGAAGUGGCACAGCCACUCGAGGAAGAAGUUGGUGUUGAAGCUAUUGAUUUAAAGGGAUGGGAACGUCGAACAGGCCUCAAAAGGGGCGCAUCGUCUUCUGGGGUCAGUCUACCAGGCCACAGCGAUCGUAAGGAGUUGCUCGGUCGCAUUGGCUGUGAGAAGCAGGUUGACUGAUAGAUUAACAUCAUCAAAUGCUUCGCGGUAUAUGGCCAUGGUAAUUGGCAGGUCCCUUCCUUAUGGUGACCGCGAGGGGUUAUUAUGCUCAUUACUAGGAGUACUUAUGCUGAGGGUGUCGGAUAGUCAUGAACACAAAAGUUUGGCGCGGCAAUCUUCUUUGAAGUUUUGUUCAUAUGAUGGUUUGAUCUUGGGGCGGUGUCUGUGUAACACUACUAUAGCGCGCUGAAGGGCAGCGAGAGGAAGGAUUAUGUGCUCCGACUCGGUAUAUAUAGAUUUGAGAUUCAGUAAUCAUACCCCUUUUUCACGUUAACCCUCCUUUGGUCCGUUGAUUUAUGGUGACCAGUCGAUAACAUAGUUCCGGUUUCGCUGCCCGCCAAAUCUCCGACGUUUCAAGCAACC